AUGGCACCAACUCAGGCUACCGUGGUCGCUCAGUUCCGCGAUUACCAUGCCGAGAAGUUCUCAGGGCAGGGAGACCCUCGCAUAGUUGACGAGUGGAUUCAGGGCCUGGAGUUUAUCUUCGAGGUCAUGGAGUGCCCUGAGAGAUUCCGCGUCAUUUGCGCUCAGCUUCAGCUCACCGGAGAUGCUAGGCUCUGGUGGAACGCUUACUGGGGCAUGCGCCCCGGUGAGAAGGCGGGUUGUACGUGGGAGAUGUUCAAGGAGCUAGUCCGGGAGAAGUACUAUCCCGCCUACUACCGAGCUGAGAUGGAGCGCCAGUUUCUAUCGCUCCAGCAGGGUACUCGCACUGUCGACUA